GAAUUUUCUCUCGAUUCAAAGCCGUGCCUGUUUCUAGGGCUUUUUAUUUUUGUGUCUCACACUCCAGCAACCUCUCUCGAAAACUCAUAUAAUCUCACACCCACACUCUCCCCAAAUCAAAUUCAAUUCAAUCACAAGCUCUCAAUCAUCGCUGGGGAAGAAUUCUGAUUGCCAAUCGCGAUGUCGCGCCGCAGAGACGAAUACGAGGACGACGUCGAAGAAGACGACGAAUACGACGGCGUAGACGAAGAGGACGAUGAGGCCGACGGAUACGAUGAUGGGGGGAAGGUCAAACGGAAGAGGACUACAUCGGAUUUCAUCUACGACGAAGCGGACGAAGACGAAGACGAAGAGGAGGACGACGACGAUGAGGAUUAUGGCGGUGGAGGCGGUGCCAGAAGAAGAGGAGGAGGAGGGGGAGGGAAGCGCCAUAAGGGGGCCUCAAACUUUUUCGAUUUGGAGGCGCAGGUUGAUUCGGAUGAGGAAGAGGAGGAAGAGGAAGGGGAUGACGAUUUCAUUGAUCCGGGAGCUGAUAUACCUGACGAGGAUGAUAGAAGAUUGCACCGUCGUCCGCUGCUUCCACGUGAGGAUGAGCAAGAGGAUGUUGAGGAGAUUGAGAGAAGAAUUCAGGAAAGAUAUGCACGGAGCCUUAAUGUUGAAUAUGACGAGGAAGCAACGGAUGUAGAACAACAAGCUCUACUGCCUUCUGUUAGGGAUCCCAAAUUAUGGAUGGUGAAAUGUGCGAUUGGCCGUGAAAGGGAGGUGGCUGUUUGCCUUAUGCAGAAGUGCAUUGAUAGAGGACCUGAAUUGCAAAUCAGAUCUGCCGUAGCACUUGAUCACCUAAAAAAUUUUAUAUACAUAGAGGCAGAUAAAGAGGCUCAUGUGAAGGAGGCUAUUAAGGGUAUGCGCAAUAUAUUUAUGGGUAAAAUAAUGCUCGUUCCAAUCAAGGAGAUGACAGAUGUUCUGUCAGUUGAAAGCAAAGCAAUUGAUAUUUCUAGGGAUACCUGGGUCAGAUUGAAGAUCGGUACUUAUAAAGGGGAUCUUGCGAAGGUUGUUGAUGUGGACAAUGUGCGGCAGAGAGCCACUGUGAAAGUCAUUCCUAGGGUUGAUUUGCAGGCCCUGUCUAACAAAUUGGAAGGGAGGGAAGUCCCCAAGAAGAAGGCAUUUACUCCCCCUGCACGGUUUAUGAAUAUUGAUGAAGCUAGAGAGCUUCAUAUACGAGUUGAACGUAGAAGGGAUCCAGCUACUGGUGAUUAUUUUGAAAAAAUUGAAGGGAUGAUGUUCAAGGACGGUUUCUUGUAUAAAAAUGUCUCGUUAAAAUCACUCAGCACUCAGAAUGUUCAACCAACCUUUGAUGAACUCGAAAAAUUUAGGCAACCUGGUGAAACUGGGGAUGGGGACAUGUCAAGUUUGUCUACACUCUUUGCAAACAGAAAGAAAGGUCAUUUUAUGAAGGGUGAUAGGGUUAUAGUUGUCAAGGGAGAUCUUAGAAACUUGAAAGGAUGGGUGGAGAAGGUUGAGGAAGAUACUGUUCAUAUUAAACCAAAUGAAAAGGGCCUUCCGAAAACCCUUGCUAUUAGCGACAAAGACCUUUGCAAGUACUUUGAACCUGGAAAUCAUGUAAAGGUUGUGUCUGGUGCUACAGAGGGUGCAACUGGUAUGGUUGUCUCAGUUGAAGGUCAUGUGGUGAAUUUAGUCUCAGACACAACAAAGGAACUUAUACGUGUCUUUGCGGACAAUGUUGUGGAGAGCUCUGAAGUAACGUCUGGUGUAACUAAGAUUGGUGAUUAUGAGCUCCAUGAUCUUGUGGUGCUAGAUGACAAUAGUUUUGGUGUAAUUAUACGAGUCGAGAGUGAAGCCUUUCAGGUUCUUAAGGGUGUUCCAGAGAGACCUGAUGUUGCUCUCGCGAGGUUAAGAGAGAUUAAAUACAAGGUUGACAAGAAGAUUUUUGCUAAAGAUCGGUACAAGAAUACACUGUCUGUGAAAGAUGUUGUUAAAAUUCUUGAUGGUCCGUGUAGGGGAAAACAGGGUCCAGUUGAACAUAUCUACAAAGGAGUUCUGUUUAUUUAUGAUCGGCAUCACCUUGAGCAUGCUGGUUUUAUUUGCGUAAAAUCAGACUCUUGUAUGAUGGUUGGUGGAUCACGGGCGAAUGGUGAAAGGAAUGGCAAUUCCUUGACAUCAAAAUUUUCGCAUCUGAGAACUCCACCACGUGUUCCUCCCCCUCCCAUGAGACCACCUAGAGGUGGUUAUGGUGGUCAUAAUAAUUUUGGAGGAAGAGGAGGUGGAAGAGGCCAUGAUGCUUUAAUUGGAGCCACUGUGAAAAUUCGUCUUGGCCAUUAUAAAGGUUGCAAGGGACGUGUUAAAGAUGUCAAAGGUUCCACUGUUCGGAUUGAAUUAGAAUCUCAGAUGAAGGUCGUUGCAGUUGAUCGUAGUCAUAUUUCGGAUAAUGUCAAUGUUACACCAUCCAGGGAAACUUCCAGAUAUGGUAUGGGAAGUGAGACCCCGAUGCAUCCUUCUCGCACUCCUCUGCAUCCGUAUAUGACUCCUAUGAGGGACUCUGGUGUAACUCCUUACCAUGAUGGUAUGAGGACACCUAUGCGUGACCGAGCAUGGAAUCCUUAUACACCAAUGAGUCCACCAAGGGACAAUUGGGAAGAUGGAAAUCCUGGUUCUUGGGGCACAAGUCCACAAUAUCAGCCAGGAAGUCCUCCUUCACGAGCAUAUGAAGCACCCACACCUGGUUCUGGUUGGACAAAUACCCCAAGUAACAAUUACAAUGAGGCAGGCACACCGAGAGAUAGCGGAUCUGCUUAUGCAAAUGCUCCUAGUCCAUACUUGCCCUCCACUCCUGGUGGGCAACCUCCGAUGACUCCAAGUUCUGCAUAUUUACCUGGGACACCUGGUGGGCAGCCGAUGACACCUGGAAGUGGUGGCUUGGAUAUGAUGUCACCUGUCGUAGGUGCAGAUAGUGAAGGGCCUUGGUUCCUGCCUGAUAUUUUGGUCAAUGUUCGGAGGCCUGGUGAUGACACUACUCCAGGAGUUAUAAGAGAAGUGCUUCCGGAUGGCUCGUCUAAGAUAGCUCUUGGAUCAAGCGGUAAUGGUGAUGUGGUGACUGCCCUUCCCAGCGAAAUUGAAGUAGUGCCACCAAGGAAGUUGGACAAGAUCAAGAUCAUGGGAGGCGCACACCGUGGGGCGACUGGGAAACUUAUUGGUAUUGACGGCACUGAUGGAAUAGUCAAAGUUGACGACACACUGGACGUCAAGAUCUUAGACAUGGUAUCUUUGGCGAAACUAGUUCAAGCGUGAAAGACGAAGCUGAAGCCAGUGAUCAUGUGAGGUCAAUGUUUUGGCAGAUGGCAACAAGGUGUUGCAUUGAAAUCGAAGCCUCUACUGAGUUGGGCAGGAAAUGCAAAAACCGCUACUACACAAGGAAGAAUAGAGAAUCUGGCAAGUUCAAUUUGCUGUAAAAUCAUUUGCCUUGUAAAAUCAUUUACCUAAUUGAAGCUGCUGUAUAUUUAUGAUUUACUAAUAGUCUAUUAGUCUAGUGGAGUACUACUAUAUUUCUCUUAGUUGAAUGCUCAAUUGUAUAAAUAGUUUUAUGUACAAUUAUUCUCACAUUUCAUUUCGUCAA